AUGGCAACUGACGUCAAGAAGGUAGGAGAAAUACCAGGGAGAGCCAGAGUUGUAUGCAUAAUGGAUCAUUGAAAAAGGCCCUCUAGAAGAGUGCUAAAGUGACUUAAAAUAUGCGCACCUCUCUGGCUCAGCGCCUCCCUCUCUGCCACUCUCUAUCUGUGGAGGAGAAUAGACAUUGACACAUCCAGAGUUGCACAUGCUUUCACUGCCUGGCAUGGCCUGACCCAUUUGAAACAAGCCAUUCGGAACCACUAUUCAUCAACCAUCUCGCCAUCUGAUGAACAGUGUCGCUGACUAUAAAAUAAAUCCUUUGGGUAACAUUUAUAUCAUUUGGCAUCCAUUGUUUUGCGAUGGCUGGUCUCUCCUUGUGUGCGGGCAUUGCUGAUAUAUAUAUACUGGUGCUCUUUUGCAUAUGAUAUAAAAUAUGGGCCCUGCUCUCUCAGCUGUAUUUCUACAUGGGUAUGCAUAAAAUGAUUGUAUACUCACUGAAACGCAGUCUGAAAAGACAAUAAGAUGGAUGGUAAACCUUGCUCCCUAUCCUAAACCUCAUAAACCCUAUAACCCAUUCCAAUGGGACCCACUGAUGCUGUGGUUUUCGAAAACAAUUAAUCAAUCCGAAUCUCUUGAUGAACAUAGAGCAUAACUACAGGCAAUCCCUUUGUUCCAUUGGAAGGUUAUUGUUUUAUCUCAGAGCUAUUGUUGGCCCAUAAGAGACUGUCACAGUGGCUGCUUGCUGAAGUGUCCUCAUCAUUUCUAUGAUAAUGCCUCUCGUGCGGUGUCUGAGUCACACACCAGAGAAGCAUGACACUGAUCGGAAUAGUGCACCUCAGUACUAUGCAGAUGGAGUGUGCCAAGUAUACACCAGAUGUACACUGCCACGGGAUAAACACAGGCACAUACACUGGAAAGUUGCUAUGGUGCCUUACUUUAAAUUGUUCUAAUUCUGUGGAAGAACCUAUCAGCAGUGUUUCCAUAUUCAAAGACAACAACCAAAAUUGAGGAGAAGUAGCCUCUUAAACUGCAUUAGUAUUUGGCUUUGUUUUUAGGGAGGAAGCUCAACAGGAAAUGGACUGUGAGAAGAAGUGAGAAAAGGACAGUGUGUCAGUCCAGGGGAAUCCCAAUAAGACUUGCUCAAAUCAGAGAUGCAAAUAACAAUACAAGACUUGAACUGACCUGCUGUAUCCUAUGAAGUGACUGAGAACAAAGUCAUGUCUCUGUUGAAUCUCUGAAAUGUCCUGAGUCACUUACUGAAAUGUCUUGAAAUGAAAUGUUCAACUCUCACUGAAAUGUUCAACUCUCACUGAAAUGUUCAACUCUCACUGAAAUGUUCAACUCUCACUGAAAUGUUCAACUCUCAAACUCUUUUUGAGAAAUGAGGAAAAGGUCAUUCCAGGUCUGAAUUGACAGUAACUGUUCUUGAUUCUAUUGACUGUCAAGAUAUUUAAAAAAUGAAUUCCACUUGGCCCCUCUCUAUUCAUCAAAAAAUUAUACAAAAAAAAAAACUGCACCUUCCUUCACAGUCGAAACCCUGUGAUACCCGAUUACUAAUUCAUUAGUAGGCAUAAGCCCGCAAUUAAUUUGAUUUGACAUUUUGGUGCACCCCAGGCUCAAGACAUAAGAUAAGACCAAGGCAUUACCUCAGACACACACAAACGCACGCACACACACACACAGACAAACACCACACCUCACUUGGAGCCACACUCACAGAUGAUGUGAGUCUGACUUGCCUACUACAUUAACAUUUCAUGCCAAACACCCAUAAGACACAUGUACAAAAACAGGUUUGACACUAAAAUGCAUUCAGCUUUUACCUUUUUUUCAGUGCAGAUAAGUGGGAGAGGAAGUAGGCGUUUUCCACAUACGUCCUUAAGUACAUGGACUGUAAGCAGACAGACGGUGUGUGGUUUCAGUUCUUCCUCUAUGCUCAGUGACUGUUGCAAGGAAGAGCAGUAAUGUAGAGAGAGCUGAUGCAUGAGGCUGAGGGCUGGGUGUGUGUGAGUGUGUGUGUGUGUGUGUGUGUGUGUGUGUGUGUGUGUGUGUGUGUGUGUGUGAGUGUGUGCAGGCGGGCGGGCGGGUGGGGGGUGGGGGUGAGUGUGGAGGGGGGCAUGAGGAAAAGAGACAGUAGGUAUUUUUUUUUUUUUAAAGGGACAGAACUUUCUUUCUGACAGCAGCUUGAUAAUGCCAAUCAUUAAAAUAUUAUGCAAGUUGCACAAUGCAAUAGUCAGAGCUGACAGCAACCUGAUUCAAUGAAUCACCUGGCCAAAAUAUGCAAAUACAUAAUAAUGGCUGAUAAUAAUAGCCAAGUUAUUGUUACUCAAUGUGCAUUUAUUCCAUGUGUUAUUAUUUUUUCUCUCUGCAUUGUUGGGAAGGGCCCGUAAGUAUGUAUUUCACUGUUAGUCUACACCUGUUGUUUACGAAGCAUGUGACAAAUACCAUUUUAUUUUGAUUUAUAAAUUAAGGUCUUUGACACGCACACGCACACACACACGCACACGCACACGCACAGUUAGUUGCCCUACCCAUUGACAGUCAAAUAAUAAGCCCCAUUACUCUAAAACAAAUGAACUAAUAUGGACAAUUUGACAGGUCAUAUUGACCAUACUGUACCUUCUUCAAGUCUCUAACCAUUUAUAUUUAGGGGUUGAAUUGUGCUCAAAUUUUACACAAUGCCAAACACAGUUAGGUUCACUCCCUCCAAUUUUAUUCCCUGUCGUCUAAUACAGUCCCUCUUCCUCUCAUAUUAACUUAACUUUGACGUCACGCACUGAGGCGGAUCUAGUGAUGCCGUUGAAAAGUUUGAUUGGAUAGCCUGGUAACGGCUGUAUGGCGCGUGUUAGGUUGAUUCACGUUUAUGAAUUUCUUUUGUUGUGAUAAAACGUUUAGCUAGCUGCCGGUACAUUUUCUUUAAUCGUAUAAUACACAAAGUUAUAUUUGUCUGUUUUUAUCAUUUGAGAGGAUGAGUGGCGGAGUGUAUGGAGGCGGUGAGUGUGAUUUUGCGGUCAAAAUGAAAUGAAUGAACGCGCCACGUUGUGCCGUAGCUAGCUACCAGAAACUAGCGAACAGUAGUAAGAGACGACUACCUACAACUAGCUUGCUAGCUAACUAACCUGUUAGCAAGUGAUCUGCAGACUGGUGUUAUCUUUAGCAUUUAGCUAGCUAGCUUAAUAGCUAGCUAUCAAUGACGGGCAUAAUCAUUUACUUUCUUUCAUGCACUUACUACUUUGUGAUUUAUCGAAUAUGACUGCCAGCGUGCCUGCCAACAAUGAGUGAAAGCUAACUCGCUAGAUGCAUGGCUAACAGCUCUUUGCAGAUUAAUUACUCGCUAGCUUGCUUGCUAUUUUAGCUAGCUAGUUUUUCGUUGCCCAGGGUAUUAGGCUAUCAGCAAGUUCAACCAAAACAAGUUUAGAUUGCAUGCAGUGACAUUUAAUACUUUCGUUAGCUUUCUUAGUAGAAAUGUAACUAGUUGGCAAGUGUGGUCAAUUAAGCUAGCCUCUAGUCUUGAUGUAAGUCAAAACAUUGCUUACUGUUGUCUCAUUUAUUCACUUGUUCAUACUCUCUGCAGAUGAGGUUGGCGCACUGGUGUUUGACAUAGGCUCAUACACAGUGAGAGCUGGCUAUGCUGGAGAAGAUUGUCCCAAGGUAAGUGUCCUAGUCUAGUGACCUGAUUAACUAUGCAUCUUCCUCUACAUAUUCAUUUUCUUUUGGAGGGUAUAUCAAUGUCAGGAAAUGAGGACUGUAACCCAUGACAGUGAGCAUGAAUUAGGUUUAGGUAGUCUCUGUCAGUUCCUGUCACACUUGCAUUUGGGCAAUUCCAUGGUAACAGAGUGAUGCUGAGACUUGAAGAACAGUACAUCAAAAAUUUGGUAACAGAAUGAUGUGUUACCAAACUUUAAAACUGCACUGUUCAUCAAGUAAAUAUGUUUUUGUAACAUUUUAUGUGGAAGUUACAGUGAAAUGCUUACUUACAAGCCCUUAACCAUCAAUGCAGUUUUACUGUGACUGUGGAAUUGCCCAUUUGCCCUUCCCCAUUAAUAGAAAUAACACCUCUGUCAUCAGUAGACAUGAAGAAUGUGCCACUAUCUAGGGGUGUAUUCAUUAGUGCACACAGUAGCAAAACAUUUGGCAACGGAAAACGAUAAUCAACGAAAAGUUGUUUCUUAUUGGACAAGUUCAGGUUAGUCCCUCCCUGUUUUGGCCGCUUGCUUCUGUUUGGUUCCCAGUGAAUACACACUAGGGCGAGGCUAGCCCAAUAUUGGACUAAAUGAGCCUACAAUUACUCCUUAGUCCAAGGACCUUACCUGUGCGUCAAUCUAAGUAACAUAAUAAAAAAAAUCCCCAUAAAAAUCUGUCAGUUUAAGCUAGAGAUCUUUUUUUUUUUUUUUUCAUGGGCUGUGUCUCAAUCCAUUGCAUCCGCUGUCAGCCUUCCGCAUUUGCGGUGGAAGGUGGCCGGGCUACAGCAGUGUUUGUCAGACCAUGAGACAUCCCGAAAAUUGGUAUUCUCACGUAAAUGUCUGUUGCGUCCAAAUGGUCUACAGCCUAAUAUGACCACUCUAUGGAAAGAUGAGACUCACGAACACGAAGGUGUUCUCCGUUUUGCUUUACGACCCCCACAAGCCCCACAGGACUCGUCUGAAGUCGGUAACGCUGAUGUGCCAUCUUCUGUCUGUAGCGUACAAACCGUUUGGGCUACAAACUAAUAUGACCCCACUGUGGAAAGGAGAGAGUCUGACGAUGGUGUUCUCUGUUUUGCUCUCCGACCCCCAAAGGUGUCAUAUGACUCGACUAACCCAUACAAAUGAAUGGAAGUAUGGAGAUAGUUUUGUGCCAACAACAAUGAGUUAAAUAUGUGUACAAAAAAACCUACAUAAUGUCAUUUUCCUGAGGUUUCUUAUCUCCUAGAUAUAGGAAACACUUCAAAACCUUCCUUAUGAUAUAUAUUUUUUACUGUAUUUUUUUGCCAUUUAUGAAUGUUAUUUUAUGCGUUUUUGUGGGCUAUAGUAGUAAAGACCAAAUGCAAUAUUUUAUAAAAUAAUUUUUUUAACAUGUUUUUGAUACCUAAAGGGGUCCUAAAAUUCUAAAUAAAAUAGCUAAAUGAUCAAUUUAACAUAUUUUUGUAUUAUUUCUCGCUGAUAUCAAAGAUAAGGUACUUAUGCUUCCAAAACCCUACCGCAAGCGAUGCAUGUUAAUGUUCAGACCGAGUGUCGCAGCUCUUAACAAAACUCCCCCAUAUAGAAGACGCCUUCGUCCAAUGACUCUUAUGUGUAAUGUAUUGGAACUGAGAGUCAUGAUCAAGGGCUAAGGCAAGGCUAUAGUUGUUUCAUUGUUGCUGAUGCUGUUUGCCGUAAACAAAUUAGUGUUCUGCAAAAAGGUGAUCCACCUUUAGUUAGAGAAAAUACAGUUAUGUUUCACGUACAGUAUUCUGGACAGUAGUGAUAGAAACAAUGCGUUAAAAUGCCAUUCUAUCAGACCUGCCCCAAGAAUUAGCCUACUAAGACUACCGAGUGCUCCUGCUCCAUUCCUCUGAGUUGGCCAAUGUUAUAAUGUGACCUGAAUAAGGAAGUGGAAUUGACACUUAUAUACACAUAUUUAUUUCUGCCCGUAGGCUGACUUCCCCACAGUGAUCGGCGUGACCCUGGACAGAGAGGAUGGCAGCACUCCGAUGGAGACGGAUGGCGGGGACAAGGGCAAGCAGGGCACCAACUACUUCAUCGACACCAACCAGCUGAGGGUGGCCCGCGAGAACAUGGAGGUCAUGUCACCGCUCAAAAACGGCAUGAGUGAGUCUCUCUCCCCCGACGUGAUCGUGGGCAAUGUGGAAGUUGUAUUGACAGCAUUCGGCCUUGAUGAAAUUAAAAUCCUCAUAAAGUUGGUGGAGCAAAUGCUGCUGGUCCUGUGACGUGGCCCCUAGAUAGUAUGGUAGAGGGAAUGCCAGGCUCAGUGAUGCCUUCAUCGUCUAUGACACUGCACAAUGUUUUGGGAGAGGAUCCUUAUCUGGACUGCUCUGUAUGUCUGUGGUCAGUGUUUCACUAACCUUCUUCCUGUGAGAUAAACUUCCUGUGAGAUAAACACAAACAACAGUAUUUCCAGAGUCUUCCCCUGUGUAAUGCUUUGCCACUACAUUGAAAUUAUCAGCAGUCAACACAGUGAUUUAAAUAUUUUUUAUGACAUUGCCAUUUAGGACAUUGCUGCUUACGUGGUCCUUCAAGCUGUCGUUAUGGAGGUAAUGAUGACCUGACUGACGUCAAUCUGAAUUCAGUACAGGGGAGUUGGACUAUUUAGAGAAAAUUGUGACAGCAAUCUUAAUUGACGCAGAGCAGCACUAUGGGACCAGAGACCUCCUUAGAGUGCUGACCUGGAUCAUUACUCGCACACUUCGCUCAAAUUAGCAAAGUUCUUCAGUCUUUUUUUCCCUCCAGUAUCCAACCCAGUUGUGUGAUGAGACGAGCACUAUGUAUGCACACCUUAAUUAUUCAACAGUACUGGGCUUUAUUUGUAGCAGCAAAUGACUUGCCCAAAGAGAUACAGUGCCUUCAGAAAGUAUUCACACCCCUUGACUUUUUCCACAUUUUGUUGUGUUACAGUCUGAAUUUAAAAUUAAUUCAAUUGGUCUACACACAAUACCCCAUAAUGUCAAAGUGGACUUUUUAAAAUUAAUACAAAAUGAAAAGCGGGAACGUCUUGAGUCAAUAAGUAUUCAAUCCCUUUGUUAUGGCAAGCCUAAAUAAGUUCAGGAGUAAAAAAACAACUCACAUAAUAAGUUGCAUGGACCCACUCUGUGUGCAAUAAUAGUGUUUAACAUGAUUUUUAAAUGACUACCUCAUUUCUGUACACCAUACAUAUAAUUAUCUGUAAGGUCCCUCAGUCGAGCAGUGAAUUUCAAACACAGAUUCAACCACAAAGACCAGGGGUGUUUUCCAAUGCCUCGCAAAGAAGGGCACUUUUUGGUAGAUGGGUAAAAAUAAAAUAAAAAGCCGACAUUGAAUAUCCCUUUGAGCAUGGUGAAGUCAUUAAUUACACUUUGGAUGGUGUAUCAAUACCCCAAGUCACUACAAAGAUACAGGCGUCUUUCCUAACUCAGUUGCUGGAGAGGAAGGAAACCGUGUUUAGGGAUUUCACCGUGAGGCCAAUGGUGACUUUAAAACAGUUAUGAGUUUAAUGGCUGUGAUAGGAGAAAACUAAGGAUGGAUCAACAACAUUGUAGUUACUCCACAAUACUAACCUAAUUGACAGAGUUAAAAGAAGGAAGCCUGUACAGAAUAAAAAAGAUUCCAAAACAUUCAUCCUGUUUGCAAUAAGUCACUAAAGUAAUACUGCAACAAAUGUGGCAAAGCAUUUCACUUUCUGGUUCAGUCUGCUUUCCCCCAGACACUGGGAGUUGAAUUAACCUUUCAGCAGGACAAUAACCUAAAACACAAGGCCAAAUAUACACUGGAGUUGCUUACCAAGAAGACAGUGAAUGUUCCUGAGUGGCGCAGAGUUACAGUUUUGAUUUAAAUCUAUGGCAAGACCUGAAAAUGGUUGUCUAGCAAUGAUCAACAACCAAUUUGACCGAGCUUGAAGAAUUUUGAAAAUAAUAAUGGGCAAAUGUUGCACAAUCCAAGUGUGGAAAGCUUUUAGAGACUUACCCAGAAAGACUCACAGCUGUAAUCGCUGCCAAAGGUGCUUCUACAAAGUAUUGACUCGGGUGUAAAUGAAAUAUUUCUGUAGUUCAUUUUCAAUACAUUUGCUAAUAUUUCCAAAAACAUGUUUUCACGUUGUCAUUAUGGGGUAUUGUGUGUAGAUGGGUGAACAAAGUGACUCAUGGUGGGGUUAUGGUAUGGGCAGGCAUAAGCUACCGACAACGAACACAAUUGCAUUUUAUCAAUGGCAAUCUGAAUGCACAGAAAUACCUUGACGAGAUCCUGAGUCCCAUUGGCGUGCUAUUCAUCCGCUGCCAUCACCUCAUGUUUCAGCAUGAUAAUGCCCCAUGUCGCAAGGAUCUGUACACAAUUCCUGGAAGCUGAAAAUGUCCCAGUUCUUCCAUGGCCUGCAUACUCACCAGACAUGUCACCCAUUGAGCCUGUUUGGGAUGCUCUGGAUCGACGUGUACGACAGCGUGUUCCAGUUCCUGCCAAUAUCAAGCAAACUUCGCACAGCCAUUGAAGAAGACUGGGACAACAUUCCACAGGCCACAAUCAACAGCCUGAUCAACUCUAUGCGAAGGAGAUGUGUCGCACUGCAUGAGGAAAAUAGUAGUCACACCAGAUACUGACUGCUAUUCUGAUACACGCCCCUGCCUCUUUUUUUUCAGGUAUCUGUGACCAACAGUAUUCCCAGUUGUGAAAUACAUAGAUUAGGGUUUAAUUCAUUUCUUUCAAUUGACUGAUUUCCUUAUGUGAACUGUAACUCAGUAAAAUCUUUACAAUUGUUGGAUGUUGUGUUUUAUAUUUUUGUUCAGUGUUCGUGAUACUAAACCCAGGGAUUGGAACCAAAAUUAAUUUCCAAUCGUUUCGUUCUGAACAGAAACUUUUAUUUUUUAUUUUUUUGACCAGCAAAAUAAAGUUCUCAACCGGUUCGAUUCAAAGAAAAGUAUUGGUUUAUAUCGUUCCUUUCUGUUCCUUUUUAAAACUCUGAAGUCUUUUUUUUUUUUUUUAAUUAUUUAUUUUUUACAUUUAGCUCGACAUUAAAUUACUUCACCAAUCAGUGCAGAUAGAGCCGCUUGCUAUGGAGCAGGUAAGCUAUUUCAUUUUUAUAGGAACGCACGUUAAGAGCAAAUUGUCUUUUGCCAUAACAGCAUGGUUAUUUCAUAAUGAAAAACAAACGUACACACUGUGCACUGUGCUGCCAGUCACCAUGGACAGACAAGUCUUUGAACUUCAGCGAGUUGGCUUAACGUUGGACCAGAGCUAAUGUUAGCUAGCUAACAAACGUAUGUGUGCAGAGCAGCACUAGAAUUAAAACACGUCUUACCUUUUUGUAGUUAAUAAAUCCAAUGUGAAAUGUGAUAGCCCAACUAUAACUAGCAUUGAAAAAGUUGGUCCAUUCUUCUAUAAUAAAAAGGCCUACGUCGUCAGUAGGCUAUAGUAACCUAGGCUUCGGAGGAGGGGGGGCAGGUAGCCUACACACGCGCAUACACACUGGCAAAGAUUUCCAUCUGGCAGGCAGACACUGGGUGACCGAGUAAUGGCUUUGCAUAGACGCUUUGUUGCGAUUUUUUUGUGGGACUGGAAAAAAAUGCCCGGAACGUUAAAAUUAUUAACCAGUUCCCAUGCUUUUAAAAUAACGGUUCUGUUCCGGAACAGUAUAGAUCCCUUUCGUUCCCAGUUCUGAUUCUGUUGCUCGAAUAAUUAGCAAGGAAUAUCAACAAAUGUGCACACGCGGCUACACACCUUGUUCUCAAAAGCUCGCAACCGGGGAUGAUUGAAAGCCCGCUCCUGCCUGUCAAUGCAAUACAAUUCUACUCGAUGUGCUCUACAGAAAUUGGGAAAACAGCAGUACAUUGCAUCCAUAGGACAGUGAUCAGAUUUUGAUCAGAGUAAUUGUUUGAUAUUGCGAUUUGUCAGAUUAUUUUUCUUGUCCAUUCAGACAACUCAAAUCCAUAUUCUUAUUGUCCAACUAUUUUUUGUUUACUUGUCCCGUGCAAGCGGACAAGUGUUAAUGUCGAGCCCAAUCUAUGGAUUUUUUUAUACACUGAAAACUACCUUGGCCCACCCCCUUGUCUAAAGAUUUUCUUCUGGCAAAUUUGCGGUGGUUACCAAUGACAUCCUCUUACUCAUUCAUGUGUGUCUUUGUUUUCUUAUCUGUGAAGUUGAGGACUGGGACAGCUUCCAGGCCAUCCUAGACCACACCUACAAGAUGCACUUCAAGUCAGAGCCCAGCAUGCAUCCUGUACUCAUGUCAGAAGCCUCUGUGAGUAGGCCUCAACUUCAGUUUGGAAUGAGCCUCAUGCCAUUUAUAACACAUACUCAAUGAAGAAAACACUCUGAAACAGAAGGUAUUAUCUGUACUUGUUCAAUAAGAAACGCUAGUUCACGUUUUCAGUUGCAAAACGUUUUGCUAUGGUGUGCCGUAAUGAACACAACACUGUUGUAAAAAGAGGGUCCCUCAUGGUUUUCUGUUUUCCCUUCUUUCUCUCAUCUCUGUGCAGUGGAACACACGAGCCAAACGGGAGAAGCUAACCGAGCUGAUGUUUGAGCAUUACAACAUUCCCGCCUUCUUCCUGUGUAAAACGGCAGUGCUGUCCUCGUAUCCUUAAGCCAUCCGGGCUUGUAGAGUAGAUUGACAUGAAAUGGGGAUGUUGUUGGACGGUUGAAGUGGUGGAUUGAUGGUGUUACUGUAACAAAACACUAGUCAAAUUGAUGGUGUUACUGUAACAAAACACAAGUCAAAUUGAUGGUGUUAAUGUAAUAACGACGCCAGGACAGCGGAGUCACUGACCACCUUCCUGAAACCUUACCUCUUUAAGGAAUACCUGGAAUAGUGUAACAAUAAUCCUUCUUCCCCCCCAUUUAUAAAAAAAACUAAAGGGUGGUUGUCCCACUGGCUAUCCUAAGUUGAAUGCACCAAUUUGUAAGUCGCUCUGGAUAAGAGCGUCUGCUAAAUGACUUAAAUGUAAAUGUAAUAAAACACUAGUCAAAUUGAUGGUGUUACUGUAAUAUAACGCUAGUCAAAUUGAUGGUGUUACUGUGAUAAAACACUAGUCAAAUUCGAUCCAUCUGCUGUUUGAUAAUGACCCCAAAAUCUCCUGAACAGUUGUUUUUCAAUUCCUUUUAUUUAACCUUUAUUUAUCCAGGUUUGUCUCAUUGAGAACUUCUCUCUUCCAAAAUAGUUUUUAUUUAGCUAUUGCUCAUGUGACUUUGGGUUUGGGCUAAAAUACAUUUUGAUCUCUGUAGAAAUGUCCCUUCAGUUCCCUUAACUCUUGAGUGCCUGAGCUUUGCCAAUGGACGAUCCACAGGGUUGGUGCUAGACAGCGGAGCCACACACACAACAGCCAUUCCAGUGCAUGACGGUUACGUGCUUCAGCAAGGUAAAUUGUACACUUCUCCCACCACCCGCUCUUAUAUUUUUGUUUGUGGUUUUUAUUUUUCAUGGGCCAUAUCCACACACGUCUUAUAAAGGAUUGAUAAACUCUUACCCUUAUGAGUUAAUCGCAAUAAAACUUUUUGAACACUCUUGACCAGAAAUGUCAUCCACAUUGAAGCCAUUGUGUCUCAUGAUGUGGGUAGAAAUGACUUAAGAUAGAUACUAAUUUGGUUUUGAAUACUUCAAGCUUGUGGAAACCCCAAAAUCAAUCAACUGGGUAACAUUUCCGUCCCUCCCUGCAACAAAUUGAACCCCCAUAGAAAGUAUGGUAGCAGUAAGAUUAAGUAAAGAAACGCAGGAAAGCGGUUUGACAUUGUAUCCAUCUCCAAAUCAUCUCCUUACAGUAAAGAUACAUUUUUGAGAGAAAUUAGGUAAUCGCAACCAUCAUGCAAAGUAUCAAGGGCUAGGCUUUCUGCAGUGAGGCCAUUUGAGUCGGAGCUGCAUUGAAAUACAAGACUGAGGAGAAUGGCACAGGAGGCCAGGCUGGCAUAUUAAUAGGGGAUGGUGUCACCCAGAAAUCAAUGGAGCCUUUUUAGUUGAUAUAAUAUGAGGGAAUGUUCAUUUGGAAAAGGAGUAUUAGGUUAGGGUCAUUAAAGGACAAGCAUGAGGACAUAAUGCCUCUGUUCACAAUGGUGCUAAGUCGAUUCAGUAUUCUUGGUCUGUGUAUAUGUCAUAGUUGUUAUAAGCCAUCAUAGCAGGUGUAUACACUGAGUGUACAAAACAUUAAAAAUACCUUCCUAAUAUUGAGUUGCACCCCUACCCCCCCAUUGCCCUCAGAACAGCCUCAUUUCGUUGGGGAAUGGACUCUACAAGGUGUCAAGCAUUCCACAGGGAUGCUGGCCCAUGUUGACUACAAUGCUUCCCACAGUUGUCAAGUUCUCUGGAUGUCCUUUGGGUGGUGGACCAUUCUUGAUACAUACGGGAUAAUGUUGAGUGUGAAAAACCCAGCAAAAAGCAUUGUAGUUCUUGACACAAACCGGUGCGCCUGGCACCUACUACCAUACCCCGUUCAAAGGCACUUCAAUCUUUUGUCUUGCCCAUUCACCCUCUGAAUGGCACACAUACACAAUCCAUGUCUCAAGGCUUCAAAAUCCUUCAUCUACACUGAUUUAAGUGAAUUUAACAGGUGACAUCAAUAAGGGUUCAUAGUAUUCACCUGGCCAGUCUGUCAUGGAAAGAGCAGGUGUUCAUAAUGUUUUGUACACUGAGUGUAUGUUCCAAUGAUGGGAAAAGAAAAUUAUAGAUACACUAUUUAUUGUCUAAAUAUGUGUUUUGGACAUGACAACAAACCAAAAUGAUGCUGUCUUCAAUAUCCUUUCCCCAAAACGAUCAAAGUGACACCUUUUUUAUAUUUUGUUUCAGGCAUCGUCAAGUCUCCCCUUGCUGGGGAUUUUAUGAGCAUGCAAUGUAGAGAGCUAUUUCAAGAGUUAAAUGUUGAAAUAGUCCCUCCUUACAUGAUUGCCUCAAAGGUGAGACCUGCUAAAGUAAGUCAAACCUACUCAUUUCAGAGAUUCCACAUCUCACUUUUUGGUGCUAUUCCUCAAGUUACGGUGGUGGGGUGUUGUAAGUAUAGAACUUAGAUAUUUAAAAAUAUCUUUACAUAUUCAUGUUGUCUCAUGGAUUUCCCUUCAUCCACUCAAUGUUUGUUUCAUUAAUCACUUGGGUCUGUUUGGUAAUCUGCAUGUAAUAUUAAGGAUGUCUGUAAUUUAAUGAUUGACCAUUAACAAUUAAUACAAGUGAUGCUCUAACUCAGGUCUUUGGUUCCCAUACACUUCAUGCAUGAGCAUCAAAUUGACAUGGGCCAUAAAAUUGGCAUAGACAACAUUUGUUUGAUCAACUCCAGACCAAAAGCCCUACAUUAGUCUAGUUAUUUGAAAUCCCCUUGUCAAUCUCUGUCUUAUACUUGCAUUAGCAUGAAUUUAAAUGAGCAUGUCACACAGCAUGCUUGAAAAAGUCAUAAUCUACUAAACCUAAAGCAAUAUCCAUAAUUUAAUAAGCACUGGGGGAAAGAAACCAUGAUAGGAACCAGACUUCACAGGAAUCCCAUUCAUCCUUCAUAUUUUGAUUUCUCAUACCACAAAAUGUGACGUUCUUCAUUGUCCUGUGAUUGUCUUCACCCGUCACACUCUGAGAUGUGAUUUCUUUGAAUUUAUCAGGAAUUCCUCAUAUUCCUGACCUCAAGACUUGGUAGCCUUUUAUCCCUGGCUCUAUCUUAUUACACGCUCUUACUCCUCUAGCCUGGUCCCAGAUCUGUUUGUGCUGUCUCACCAACUCCUAUGGUCAUUUCCAUACACAGCACAAACAGAUCUGGGACCAGGGUACUACUCUUCCAUUAAGACGGCACACUGCGAACCUUAGUGUUUCUCAUUGUAGGAUGCAGUACGUGAAGGAGCCCCAGCAAGCUGGAAGAAGAAGGAGAAACUACCUCAAGUCACCCGGUCCUGGCACAACUACAUGUGUAAUGUAAGUAGCUAUGUGUGCUAUCAUAAACAGAAAGUCAUAAACAGUCCUAUGUAGGUGUUCAGUGCUGCGUCACCAAAUCAUAUGGAUCAUAGACGUGAUGUUAACCGGUCUUCAUCAUUUACAUUUUCUUAGUGAGUUUAUUACUGCAACAGGGCUCGGAGUUAACGCUUGUCCUCUUGUCCGGUACAAGUAAAAAAAAUAGUUGUACAAGAAGAAUAAGUUGUCCGAAUGGACAAGUAAAACAAAAAAAUCACAAUAGGCCUAUCAAACAAUUACUCAGAUCAGAAUUGGAUCAGAGAGGCCAAUAUUGGAAUAAUAUUCAAAUCUAUUUUUCAUGUACAUAAACAAAAAAGCUACAUGUUAAAGUGUAGGUGAUUAUUAUUACAGUGCCUUCGGAAAAUAUUCACAUCCCUUGACUUUUUCCAAACAAUUUUGUUACAAGGUGGGAUUAAAAUGGAUUUAUUUGUAUUUUUACCCAUCUACCAAAAGGUGCCCUUUGCGAGGCAUUGGAAAACAUCCCUGGUCUUUGUGGUUGAAUCUGUGUUUGAAAUUCACUGCUCUGCUGAGGGACCUUACAGAUAAUUAUAUGUGUGGGGUACAGAAAUGAGGUAGUCAUUAAAAAAAUCAUGUUGAACACAAUUAUUGCACAUAGAGUGGGUCCUUGCAAUUUAUUAUCUGACUUGUUAAGCACAUUUUUACUACUGAACUUAUUUAGGCUUGCCAUAACAGAGGUUGAAUACUUAUUGACUCAAGACAUUUCAGCUUUUAAUUUUGUAUAAAUAAAGAAAUCUAAAAACAUAAUUCCACUUUGACAUUAUGGGGUGUUGUAUGUAGGCCAGUGACAUAACAUCUCAAUUAAAUCAUUUUUAAAUUCAGGCAGUAACACAAUAAAAUUUGGAUUAAGUCAAGGGGGUGUGAAUACUUUCUCAAGGCAAUGUAUAUGCAUAUGACCUACAGCCUCAUGUCUAAACCGAUGCUGACAUGAGGGAGGCGCCAGAAAAUGUAGCCAAACUUUAAUGAGACUUUUAAUUACAUAAAUAUAGGCUAAAUGCCAGUCAUGUUUGACAAAUAUAAUGAAGGAUAAUUAACAUUGACGUCUAAAGGCUUGAUUCUGUCGACCUACUCGAGGCACGGUUCAUUCAGAUAAAAUGGUCACAAUACCAGAGUGAACGGCAGUGCCUGUUGCACACCACACAUCACCCACCUUGAAUCUGAGUGGAGGCGGUCAGCAUUCUGAAACUAUUUAACCAUAAACUUAAUUGUUUAAAACCUGGACAUUUUAUGUCAGGAGAGCCUUAAAGAGGCAGUGUUGUAUUUUCAGACAUGCUUGAAUAUUCAAAGAAGCCAAUAGGGGCAGAGUGUAGCCUACAUUUUUGUCUAAUUGUCUAUGGUAAAAUGUAAUGCAUUUUGUGUUGUAAAGUGGUUCCUUGCAUCAUACAAUAUUUUACAAAUGGUGUUACUAACCUUUUUUUUGGGGGGGGGGGGGGGGGGAACAAGUGACUUGAGCUUUUGGACAAGUAAAAAAAACAGUCCUACAAGUGGCUUAAAAAGUUAAUGUCAAGCCCUGCUGCUUGAAUAUUUGAUAUUUUUUUCACCCUACCUCCAGACUGUGAUCCAGGAUUUCCAGGCCUCCGUGCUGCAGGUUUCAGACUCGCCGUACGAUGAACAGUGAGUCCACCAUAAUCUACUCCAUUCUAACAUUUCACAAUAACCACCACAGAAUAGGUUCUGUCCCUUAAAGGGUUCAUUCUCAUUGUUUUGAAAUGUAAUCACCUCUCCCACAGAGUUGCAGCCCAGAUGCCCACAGUUCACUACGAGCUACCCAAUGGAUACAACUGUGACUUUGGGGCAGAGAGGCUGAAGAUUCCAGAGGGCCUUUUCGACCCCUCCAAUGCCAAGGUGAGAAUCACCGAAUGCCAAAAAGCCUUAAUCAUUCUAUGUGACCGGACCUGUCUGAAAUGUGGUGUUCAGACUGUUGCCAGAAUGUUCAGUGUUCUAACCGUCUGUUCCGGUUCUCCUCCACAGGGUCUGUCUGGCAACACCAUGUUGGGAGUCGGGCACGUGGUGACCACCAGUGUGGGAAUGUGUGACAUCGAUAUUCGGCCGGUAGGUGCCCAUAUUCAAGAUCUAUCUCUUUGCUUGUUUUGACUGACAUGGCUACUAGGCCUAUGUGAGUGAUACUUGGUAUAUUUAUGUUAUUCAGAAUUACAUGUUAAAGCAAGGUUGAGGCCAGGUGACCUUUUUCCGCACUUGAAUUAAGAGGUUCUACAGAACUGACCUUUGACUUUUGUCCCAGGGUCUUUACGGUAGUGUGGUGGUCACCGGCGGCAACACACUCAUCUCGGGAUUCACGGACCGACUCACCAGAGAACUCUCUCAGAAGACCCCUCCUGUGAGUGCUGCACUAAACUAUUUCUCAAUGACUUCAUCCAUUUGUAGUACUCUAGUUAAUGUUACUAAACAUGGUUCCUGUCUUCUCUCCUCUGUUCAGAGCAUGAGGCUGAAGUUGAUAGCCAACAACACAACGGUGGAGCGCAGGUUCAGUGCCUGGAUAGGAGGCUCCAUCCUGGCAUCACUAGUGAGUUCACAUCCAUAUAGAGUCCCUUCGGAAAGUAUUCAGACCCCUUCCCUUUUUCCACAUUUUGCUACAUUACAACCUUAUUCUAAAAUGGAUUACAUAAAUAGAAAUCCUCUGCAAUCUACACACAAUACCCCAUAAUGACAAAGCAAAAACAGGGUUUUUAGAAAUGUUAGCAAAUUUAUUAAAAAUAAAAAACAGAAACCUUAUUUACAUAAGUAUUCAGACCCUUUGCUAUGAGACUCGAAAUUCAGCUCAGGUGCAUCCUGUUUCCAUUGAUCAUCCUUAAGAUGUUUCUACAACUUGGAGUUCACCUGUGGUAAAUUGGACAUGAUUUGGAAAGGUACACACCUGUCUAUAUAAGGUCCCACAGUUAACAGUGCAUGUCAGAGCAAAAACCAAGCCAUGAGGUCGAAGGAAUUGUCCGUAGAGCUACGAGACAGGAUUGUCGAGGCACAGAUCUGAGGAAGGGUACCAAAAGAUUUCUGCAGCAUUGAAGGUCCCCAAGAACACAGUGGCCUCCAUCAAUCUUAAAUGGAAGAAGUUGGGAACCACCAAGACUCUUCUUAGAGCUGGCCGCCCGGCCAAACUGAGCAAUCGGGGGAGAAGGGCCUUAUUCAGGGAGGUGACCAAGAACCCGAUGGUCACUGACAGAGCUCUAGAGUUCCUCUGUGGAGAUGGGAGAACCUUCCAGAAGGACAACCAUCUCUGCAGCACUCCACCAAUCAGGCCUUUAUGGUAGAGUGGCCGGACGGAAGCCACUCCUCAGUAAAAGGCACGACAGCCCUCUUGGAGUUUGGCAAAAGGCACCGAAAGACUCUCAGACCAUUCUCUGGUCUGAUGAAACCAAGAUUGAACUCUUUGGCCUGAAUGCCAAGCAUCACGUCUGGAGGAAACCUGGCACCAUCCCUACGGUGAAGCAUGGUGGUGGCAGCAUCAUGCUGUGGGGAUGUUUUUCAGGGGCAGGGACACUAGUCAUGAUUGAGGCAAAGAUGAAUGGAGCAAAGUACAGAGAUAUCCUUGAUGAAAACGUGCUCCAGAGCGCCCAGGACCUCACACUGGGGCGAAGGUUCACCUUCCAACAGGACAACAACCCUAAGCACACAGCCAAGACAAAGCAGGAGUGGCUUCGGGACAAGUCUCUGAAUGUCCUUGAGUGGCCCAGCCAUAGCUCGGACUUGAACCGGAUCGAACAUCUCUGGAGAGACCUGAAAAUAGCUGUGCAGCAACGCUCCCCAUCCAACCUGACAAAGCUUGAGAGGAUCUGCAGAGAAGAAUGGGAGAAACUCUCCAAAUGCAGGUGUGCCAAGCUUGUAGCGUCAUACCCAAGAAGACUUGAGGCUGUAAUCGCUGCCAAAGGUCCUUCAACAAAGUACUGAGUAAAGGGUCUGAAUACUUAUGUAAAAUGUAAUAUUUCAGUUUUGUAUUUAAUACAUUUUCAAAAAUAAAAUAAACUGUUUUUGCUUUGUCAUUAUGGGGUAUUGUUUGUAGUUUGAUGAGAAAAAACAACAAUUCAAUCAAUUUUAGAAUAAGGCUGUAACGUAACAAAGUGGAAAAAGUCAAGGGGUCUGAAUACUUUCCGAAUGCACUGUAUAUACUUUUACUGUAUUGCAACACUUCUGGUCACUUGCUCACCAUGAUUUGCGUGUAUUUGUGUGUUUGCCUGAUUUACAAUGUUAUGAUUAUAACAUGAUAUUGCAUAUUACUUUGGCCUAAUAAGUCUUUGGCCUAAUAACUCUUUUACUCUAGGGAACUUUCCAGCAAAUGUGGAUCUCGAAACAAGAGUACGAGGAGGGCGGGAAGCAGUGUGUGGACAGAAAGUGCCCUUGAUCGACCGCCAACAACGUUCUGCUGCUUCCAGAACUCCCAACGUGUCUAGUUUAACCUUUUAUUGUGGACUCAGGAACUCCCAAGGACGGUCGCUGUUUUUGUUGAUUUUUUAAACUGAUAAGUCUGUCUUUAUAAUUUUAUGUAGAAAACAUUGACUAUAACAAACCGUGUCACAUUGCUAUGAGGAGGGAGGGGGGAGGCUAAGUUCCUUUUUGAUUCCACAUCAUUUUCAGUAUAUUUAACGACUUGAUAUUUUGAUAUCAAUCCUCUUGACAGGUAAGAAACACUUGGGCAGUGUUAGUGUAUGUGCAUUAUCUAAUGUGUUGUCAGGUGAAUGUCAUUUGUCUUUAAGCCUUUCCAUUUUGGGGUAGUGAAUAAGCUUCUCUAAUGAUGUCAUUGAGUUGCUGGACAUG